UCGUCGCGUGGCAAGCGUGUAUCCCUCGCAGAGCAGCUGAUGACGGUCGCGAACAGGGAUAAUCUGUCUGUCGUCACGCAGUUGGUGUUUAUCUUGGUGGCGAGGAUAUUUUUUUUUCGCUCCGUCGCGAAUAUUUCCUUUCGUCACGAGACGAACGACGAUUUUUACGGACAAGAUCGCGAAUAAAGUGCGCGCGUGUCGCGUUGUCUCGUCAGUGCCAUAUGUACUUCGUCGACGACAUUGGUCGAUAUGUGGGUGAAGCCACAAGAGGUGUUGCUCGCCAACGCAUUCUGGAUUACUGAGCAAGCAACUGUAUAUUUUGUUUUACAACGUCGCAAAGGACAUGGGAAAACCAAAGGUCUUACUUCUAUAUUGGUUGGUACAUUGGACAGUGUCUUCGACACUAAACCACCACCUUUUAGGAUUCUUCAUCAAACACCAUCAUCAGAAGUUUAUUGGGAGGUGGCAUGUUCUCUAACUCGUGAAGAGAUUUUGCAAGAUUGGGAAUGGCUUCAUACAAAUUUAAUGACUACGCUCACAUCGUUUGAUACUGAGGAAGAGAUAACAGAAUUCGUUUGUUGCAAAAUCCAAUCCAUAAUAGCAAAUAGCACUCCAGAUUCUCAAUUUGCAGAUGAAGAAGAUCCAGAAUCUUUUAAAACUGUAUCUUUUAAAUUCCAUCAAUUGUUCAAUGUACCCAAAGAAGACAAAUUGGUCAAUUAUUAUUCAUGCAGUUACUGGAAAUCUCGAUUUCCCAGACAGGGAUGGCUCUAUUUGUCUGUAAAUCACAUGUGCUUUUAUGCUUAUAUAUUUGCAAGAGAAACAAAAUUGAUUGUAAGAUGGACAGACAUUACUGAAUUGAGCAAAACUUACUCCCUUCUAGUUCCAGACAGUAUACGUGUUGUAACGCGUGACAAUAAAGAGCAUUAUUUUUCCAUGUUUUUACAUAAAUCUGAAACAUAUUCAUUAAUGGAACAACUAACCAAUAUUGCUAUGAAAAGACUCAUUGAUGAAAAAAGUGGAUUCAAUGAAGAUAGAGAUUUAUUGAAUAAAUUAAGCAAAAAUGUACCUAAGAAACCAUCUUUCUUGAAGAGGGAUCUUGAUGCACGAGCACAUUCGGAAGCAUAUAGACUUCAAUUUAGGUUGCCAGGGAUUGAAAAGUUAGAUGGUAGCAUCGACGCAAGCCUUUGGACUCCAUACAAUAAGAGAUAUGUCAGGGGAAAAAUAUACUUAUCCCAAAAUUAUCUGUGCUUUGAUAGUAGGAUAAGCAGAUUCAGUAUAGUCAGUUUAGUUAUACCUCUGAGAGAAGUAACACUUGUGGAACCAGCGGAAAAUCAGUCUAGUACAGGAGCGGAUAAGUCAAUACUGGUUACGACAGCGCGUUCAUCAUUUCUAUUCGCUCAAAUACAUGAUAGAGAUUUCGUUGUACAAAAAAUCUCCGAGCUCCUAGCAAAAUCCAAACUCAAUUAUAUAGCUAAAGAUAACAUAUGUACAUCGAAUUCCUCGAAUAGUAACAUUAGCAACUGCGAAGAAGUGAAACCUGUAGAACACUGGAAACCUCAACCGCCAUUAAUGACGCUUUUCAAAGCUCCAUUGUCCCCUGAAGCUGCGUUAAAACAAGAAGCUAAAGAAAAACAAUGGGAGCUUCAUUUUGCAGAAUAUGGAAGGGGAAUAACAAUGUAUAGAACUAGGGAAACAUCGAAACUUAUUAUUCAAGGAAUACCACCAUCUCUUAGAGGAGAAGUUUGGCUCACCUUUUCUGGUGCUUUAAAUGAAAAGGCAAUGAAUCCAGAUUUAUAUAAAUCACUUGUCGAACAAGCUCUCGGAAAAUCAUGUCAAGCAAACGAAGAAAUUGAAAGGGAUUUGCAUAGAUCGUUACCAGAACAUCCUGCUUUUCAGUCCGAUACUGGAAUCAGCGCGCUGCGAAGAGUGCUUUCCGCUUAUGCAUGGCGAAAUCCUCAGAUUGGUUAUUGUCAAGCAAUGAAUAUAGUGGCCUCAGUCUUGCUAAUCUAUUGUUCUGAGGAAUCAGCAUUCUGGCAGUUAUGCAACGUCUGUGAGUCAUUACUACCUGAUUACUACGAUCGGAGAGUAGUCGGUGCUCUCGUUGACCAAGGUCUUUUAGAAGAAUUGGCUGCUGAGCAUUUGCCAAUUUUACAUGCCAAGUUACAAGAGCUCGGCCUAAUUAAAGUUAUCUCGUUAUCUUGGUUUUUAACUAUAUUUUUGAGCGUCAUGCCAACAAGUAGCGCCGUGAAUAUUAUGGAUUGUUUCUUUUAUGAUGGAGCAAAAGUUAUUUUUCAGAUAGCAUUGACAGUAUUGGAAUGGAAUCAAGACAAAUUACUUAGUUGUCGCGAUGAUGGAGAGGCUAUGCAAUUGUUGACAGAUUAUCUUGGUGGUGUUUAUAAUGAUGAAGGCCCAAUAUUUCCUCGACCAGUUGAUAGCACAUUACCCAAUAAGAGUAUAUCCAUCCAAACAUUAAUUUAUGAAGCAUAUUCGAGAUAUGGAACCUUGACAAUCGGUUGGAUAGAAAGAUUGCGCCUGAAGCAUAGACUUAGGGUAGUUCAAAGUCUUGAAGAUGGAAUUGAAAAGAAUGUAAUUAGAAGUGUUAUUGUUGAUAAAUAUAUGAAACAAGAAGAGUUACAGGAAUUAUUAAGCUUAGUAAGAGAAGAGCUAAUGAGUCAACGAAAAUCUGAACCUGAUCGUUACGAUCCAACUCAACCGCCAUACGAAGCGUAUAAAGUAGAUUUUGAUUUAUUCAGAAUAUUAUUCGGUGGCCUGUCUCCAUGGGGAAAGUGCACUCAGGCUGAAUCUCUCUCCGCUCGAUUAUUCCGUUUGCUGGACCGUAAUCGCGACGGUUUGUUAAAUUUCCGGGAACUAGUGCAGGCUAUAGGAAUGACAGCGACAGCUGAUCUGACACAAAGAUUAAAGCUGUUGUAUACAUUGCAUUUGCCACCGCUUCUUACGCCUGCCGAUUUCGAGUCACCGACACAUUCGGCAGAUGGAGCCGAAGUAGCAGCGGAAGCUACAGACUUCUUCGACAGCAUGGAGCAGAGUGUAGCUUCAUUGGAAAUGCCAAUUAGUGUGGCGGAAGAGCCGACUAUGGGCACUUUAUCACGAUCUACGAGCUUAACCAGCCAGCAGGGAGAUCAAUCAUGGGAAGUUCAAAGCAUGGGUAGCUUGCGCUCGAUGAUAGCGUCGAAGGACAGUCCAUUGGAUCUCAAAACUGUGCCAAAAAUGUCUCAAAGACAUUUUAUAGCCUUAUGGAAAACUCUUUAUGAUAUGUUUCCCGCGCAGCCCGAAGAACAAGAGACGUAUCAUUGUAUCGCUUCCAUAGGUACCCUUCUGCUUCAAUUAGGAGAUGUUGGUAAGAAAUUUUAUGUGGAAAGAGAAGAAUCUGACGAUAGCUUGCUUUUAGCUGCUUCCGCAGCUCAAACUUCUUCAGAUAUCGAAAGGUCACCUGACCGUAAUGGAAAUCCAUCGAGUAUAGCGUCGUCUGCUGACCCCGAUUGGUCGAUAACUGUUGAACAAUUUUUGGCAUCCGCUUUAACAGGUCAGGCAAUAGUGGAUUUCUUUAGUAAACGAACUAAUCUUAUGGAAGCUAUGGCGACACUGAAAAAUCGUAGAUUCAAUCGAGUUCAUUCUUUAUCAGACACUCCAACCCUAAAUGGAUGACAUAUGGUAAUCAAUGUGUAAGAGAACAUAAUAUCUAUAUAUUUUUCACAUAUGAUUGGCUCUUAAACAAAUUGACAAAAGAGAAAAUAGAAAUUGUUUAAGAAAAACAUACUCCUAUAUUAUUAUUUGGAAAAUGAAUUUUAAUUUGAAAUGAAACUUAUAUGCACGAGUGACAAUAUUUAAGUGAUAUUUAUGAUCAAAAAAAGAUAUACAUCAAGAUUU